CACGCACGCUAGGAGUGGAGAGACGCCAUCAUGGCGAUCAGGUGGGGGAUUUGUAGCGCUGGAAAAAUCAGUCACGACUUUACAGUGGCACUGAAGAGCCUCCCACCUGAACACCACCAGGUGGUUGCUGUGGCAGCGCGUGACCAGAAGCGCGCACAUGAGUUCGCGCAGAAGCACAGUAUACCACGCGUGCAUGGUAGCUAUGAAGAUCUGGCUAAAGAUCCAGAGAUUGACGUGGUGUAUGUGGGCAGCAUACACCCUCAACACCUCCCGCUGGGUGUUCUCUUCAUGAACGCAAAGAAGAAUAUACUGUGUGAAAAACCUUUGGCCAUGAACCUGAAGGAGGUUCAGGAACUACUCAGAACAGCAAAGAAGAAUGAUGUCUUCCUGAUGGAGGCUAUUUGGACACGUUUCUUUCCGGUUUCCAUGGAAAUCAGUCGGCUGCUUUCCCAGAAUGAGGUUGGGGAGCUGAAGAUGGUGCGUGCUGAAUUCGGCGUACCUAUCAUGCAUGUAGUGCGCUCCUCACAGAAGGAGCUGGGAGGAGGCGCACUGCUUGACAUCGGAAUCUACUGCCUGCAGUUUGUGCUGAUGGUGUACAAUGGAGAGAAACCGGAGUGCGUCCAAGCAACUGGAGUGUGUUUGGAAACAGGAGUAGAUGAAGGAAUGAUCAUCACGCUGAAGUUCUCUGGACACCGAAUGGCCGUGUGUACCUGCACCAUUGCCGUAGAGCUUCCAAACGAGGCCAUAAUCGUCGGUUCGAAAGGCACCAUCAAGAUUCCAGCUCAUAUGUGGUGCCCAACAUCUCUGAUUGUCAAUGGUGUGGAGACUCUGUACCCUGUUCCUGAACCCUAUCUGCCUCUGAACUUCCUCAACAGCACGGGCAUGUGCUACGAGGCAGAGGAGGUCAGGCAGUGUUUACUCAAAGGUUUAAAGGAGAGCUCACGCAUGUCUCACACAGAUUCUGCUCUGUUAGCUGAGAUUAUGGAUGAAUGCAGGAGGCAAGUAGGUGUGGUCUACAGCCAGGACAGCCAAUGAGCACUCACUCACAUAGCUGCUUACAUAUUUCCUUUGACUUUUUAAUAGAUCAAUAAAAGGUGUCA